GGGCUGCCCGUGAGCCGGGGCGGGACGCGCGGGCUCUGGGGGGACGCAGCCGGGCAGGUUUAUUGUUUUAGGGGCGACUCCCCCCCCCGCGGUUGGGGGCGUCCCGGGGGGCUCGGGACAUGGCGAGCUCGACUAACACAAACCCCGUGCCUAAAUUGUACAGGUCUGUGAUUGAAGAUGUCAUCAAUGAUGUCAGAGAAGUUUUUCUGGAUGAAGGAGUGGAUGAACAAGUUCUUAUGGAACUCAAAACACUGUGGGAGAACAAGCUGAUGCAGUCCAAGGCUGUAGAUGGCUUCCAUUCAGAAGAGCAGCAGCUUUUGUUGCAGGUGCAACAGCAGCAGCAGCAACAGCAGCAACAGCAGCAUCAUCACCACCACCAUCACACACAACCUCAGCCACAGCAGACUGUGCAGCAGCAGUCUCAGCCACAACAGGUCCUUAUUCCAGCGUCUCAGCAAGCACCUCAGCAGCAGGUUAUUGUGCCAGAUUCCAAGCUGAUACCGCACAUGAAUGCAUCGGGCAUGAGUGCUGCAGCCACUGCAGCUACAUUGGCUCUCCCUGCUGGUGUUACUCCUGUUCAGCAGAUACUUACAAAUUCAGGCCAGAUCCUCCAAGUAGUUAGAACUGCAAAUGGAGCUCAGUAUAUCAUUCAACCACAGCAGUCAGUUGUUCUACAGCAGCAGGUCAUACCGCAAAUGCAGCCUGGUGGAGUACAAGCACCUGUUAUACAGCAGGUUUUGGCUCCUAUUCCUGGAGGGAUUUCCCAGCAGACAGGAGUGAUUAUUCAGCCUCAGCAGAUCCUGUUUACAGGAAAUAAAACACAAGUCAUACCUACAACAGUGGCUGCCCCGACACCAGCUCAAGCACAGAUUCCUGCAGCUGGUCAGCAGCAACCACAACAACAACAGGCACAACCACAAGCACCACUUGUUCUCCAAGUUGAUGGAGCAGGGGACACAUCGUCUGAAGAAGAAGAAGAUGAGGAAGAAGACUAUGACGAUGAUGAAGAGGAAGACAAAGAAAAAGAUGGGGGUGAAGAUGGCCAAGUUGAAGAGGAGCCUCUUAACAGUGAAGAUGAUGUGAGUGAUGAGGAAGGACAAGAACUGUUCGAUACGGAAAAUGUGGUGGUGUGCCAGUAUGAUAAGAUUCAUAGAAGUAAAAACAAAUGGAAAUUUCAUCUCAAAGAUGGCAUCAUGAAUCUUAACGGAAGAGAUUAUGUAUUUUCCAAAGCCAUUGGGGAUGCAGAAUGGUGAAGUUUUAAAAGACAAAAAAAAAAAACUCCCUGUAAAAGGAAAAAAAAUCAAAAGCAGGAAAGGUUGAGACUUGGACGUAUACUCCAAUCAAAAUGUGUAUCUGCACAUCAGAAAUAAACAAUAAACAAAAGUAUUGGAACAAAGGUAAAAUGUGGCAACAAAGACACUACUUCAGAUGAGCAAGCCAUGGACUGUAGCAGCUUAUAGCAUUGUCUGGGAGCUGGUUUUGUGUGUUAGGAAUUCCUUAAUUAUCAAUUCUACAUACAGGUACCUACAGCUGGUAUUUAGCAUGUAAGGCUUUGUCCCGUCCUGU